CUCCCCCGGACUGAAUGAUGAAUCAUUUCUCAUCUGAUUCCGCUGUUCAGAGGACACAGAUGGAAAAUAUAAUCUUAUGCAGCAGGGAUGGAUUAUUUUUUUUUAGCCUUUUGCAGCGUGAAUCGUAAAAAAUCCUUUUAAAUCUGUCUGCUAGGAACAGCCUACAGGUUUUAAAAUGAAGUGCGCUGCAUACAAGGAAUGGUACUGCCCUCAGGUAAAGCAGACAAGCAGUGUGUGUCAUGAUGGAGCGUGCCUGUAAGGGACCAUCUUCCCACCUGAGACCAUGCCAUCAGGCUCAUACGUGAUUCCAUGAAAUUUUGGACAUCCAGCCCUCACUGGGACUGCCCACGUCAAACAGAUGUUUGGGGGAGAGGAAGGGUGCUAGUCCCCAGCGCUGCUGUCUUCGGCGGGUGAGAAGAUGUAGCGGGGCGCGGCGAGGAGGAGCAGCCGCAGCGCCGGGACGGCGGGGCCUGCGCCAGCACCCCGCCACGCCGCCUCACCAUGUCGAGGAAGGGCGCCAGCAGCCGCGCCCGGGGAGAGAGGCCCGAGGCCUUGGCCGCGCUGCAGGCUGCCAAUGAGGAGCUCAGGGCGAAGCUCACCGACAUCCAGAUCGAGCUCCAGCAGGAGAAGAGUAAGGUCAGCAAGUUGGAAAGAGAGAAAAAUCAGGAAGUUAAGCAGAUCAAAGAACACGAACAGCAUAAAAGUACAGUGGUGGUAACAGAGCUCAAAGUCAAACUUCAUGAAGAGAAAAUGAAGGAGCUCCAAGCUGUUCGAGAAGCACUUCUGAGGCAGCAUGAAGCUGAACUACUUAGAGUAAUAAAAAUUAAAGAUAAUGAAAUCCAGAGACUACAGGCCCUUCUCAAUGCUGUACGUGAUGGGGCUCCUGACAAGGUGAAAACCGUGCUGCUUUCAGAGGCAAAGGAGGAGGCCAAGAAGGGGUUUGAAGUUGAGAAAAUAAAAAUGCAGCAAGAAAUUUCAGAACUUAAGGGGGCUAAGAAACAAGUGGAAGAGGCCUUAACUAUGGUCAUCCAAGCUGACAAAAUUAAAGCAGCAGAGAUAAGGAGUGUGUAUCACCUGCAUCAAGAGGAAAUCAGCAGAAUUAAGAGGGAGUGUGAGAGAGAAAUUCGCAGACUGAUGGAGGAGAUUAAAUUUAAAGACAGAGCAGUCUACGUGCUGGAAAGAGAGUUAGGGGUUCAAGCCGGGCAUGCUCAGAGACUGCAGCUCCAAAAGGAGGCUUUAGAUGAACAACUUUCCCAGAUCAAAGAGUCUGAUCGGCAUCUGAGCAGCCCCAAGCGGGAACUUCCUUAUGCAAGUGGUGCAGGAGACGCUUCAGAUCAUUCAGGAAGCCCCGAACAGCAGUUGGAUGAAAAGGAUGCCCGGCGUUUCCAACUUAAAAUUGCCGAGCUGAGUGCAAUCAUCAGGAAGCUGGAGGAUCGCAACGCGCUGCUGUCGGAGGAAAGAAACGAGCUGUUAAAACGUCUUAGAGAAGCUGAAAGUCAAUAUAAGCCCAUCUUGGAUAAAAAUAAACGCCUUAGUAGGAAAAAUGAAGAGUUGUCACAUGCUUUGCGUCGAAUGGAAAAUAAAUUAAAAUUUGUAACACAAGAAAACAUAGCAAUGAGGCAAAGAGCCGGAACAAUAAGGAGACCGAGCUCUUUAAAUGACCUCGAUCACAGCCAGGAAGAGAGAGAGGUUGAUGUUCUGAGACUACAGGUUAUUGAACAGCAAAAUAUCAUUGAUGAGCUCUCCAAGACCCUGGAGACAGCUGGCUAUGUGAAGAGUGUCAUGGAACGUGAUAAGCUGUUGAGGUAUAGGAAGCAAAGAAAAAAAAUGACAAGAAUUCCUAAGAAGCCGGUUGUGGAGACGUUUUUCGGCUAUGAUGAAGAAGCUUCCUUGGAGUCUGAUGGUUCCUCCAUCUCAUAUCAAACUGACCGAACAGAUCAGACGCCGUGCACUCCUGAAGAUGACUUGGAAGAGGGCAUGGCCAAGGAAGAGACAGAACUGCGGUUUCGGCAGCUGACGAUGGAGUACCAGGCUCUGCAACGAGCAUACGCCUUAUUGCAGGAACAGGUCGGAGGAACAUUGGAUGCAGAACGAGAAGUUAAGACACGUGAGCAGCUCCAAGCAGAAAUACACAGAUCUCAGGCUCAGAUAGAAGACCUAGAAAAGGCCCUCGCUGAGCAGGGUCAGGACAUGAAGUGGAUUGAGGAGAAGCAAGCAUUGUACAGAAGAAAUCAAGAACUCGUAGAAAAGAUAAAACAAAUGGAAGCAGAGGAAGCUCGCUUAAAACAUGAUGUCCAGGAUGUUAAAGAUCAAAAUGAGCUCCUGGAGUUCAGGAUCCUGGAGCUUGAAGAAAGAGAGAGAAGAUCGCCUGCUAUCAACUUCCAUCACAUUCCUUUCACAGAGGGGAAAAGCCCUCUCCAAGUUUACUGUGAAGCAGAAGGUGUAACAGACAUAGUGGUAGCAGAUCUGAUGAAAAAAUUGGACAUUUUAGGGGAUAACGCCGUAAGUAAUCUGACCAAUGAAGAGCAAGUAGUUGUCAUACAAGCAAGGACAGUUCUCACAUUGGCUGAAAAGUGGCUACAGCAGAUAGAGGUGACCGAAUCCGCUCUGCAGCAGAAGAUGCUGGAUCUUGAGAAUGAAAAGGAGCUAUUCAGUAAGCAAAAGGGCUACCUGGAUGAUGAGCUCGACUUCAGGAAACAGUCCUUGGAUCAGGCUCACAAGCAAAUUCUGGAAUUAGAAGCCAUGCUCUAUGAUGCCCUGCAGCAAGAAGCUGGAGCCAAAAUUUCCGAACUUCUUUCAGAAGAGGAGAAAGAGAAACUGAAGAGCGCCGUAGAGCAGUGGAAGCGCCAGGUCAUGAGCGAGCUCCGGGAGAGGGACGCCCAAAUCCUGCGUGAAAGGAUGGAGCUCAUUCAGCACGCACAGCAGAGAAUUAAAGAACUAGAAGAAAGAAUUGAAGGCCAAAAACGUCAAAUAAAAGAGUUAGAGGAAAAGUUUUUGUUUUUGUUUUUAUUUUUCUCUUUAGCUUUCAUUCUUUGGUCAUAGUCCGUCAGGCCAAAUGCAGAAGCCUACUGAGGAAGCUGGAAUUGGUUCUACAGUUACCAACAGGAAAACAGCAUUGAUUACCAAGAUAGAAAAAGAGACAUUGCGAUUUCAGAAAAAAACACACAAUGUAUCUCACAUUUUGCUACUGGAGGUGGCAGAACUAAUCUUUAUGAGCCUUUUAGACUAAAGAUGAACUAUCUUGGCUAUGUGGAAAUUUCUGCAUAGGUGGAGUCUGCACCACUGAAAUCUCUGACUGCAUUUGCAAAAGCUGGAACUAAGCUGUCAAAGAAGAAAGCCAAAAAAACCCUCCCUCUAUUAACAGUUACAGGCUUCUUCUACGGAGUCCUGUCUCUGCUGCUUGAAAUAACUCUCAGCUUUACGUAAGGAGCAGUAUACUAAUUCAGAUAAACUGAAUAUAAUUUGGUUCCCUGCUGAGCAGGUAGUAAAUUGCUUCUUUGUAGAAGUGACCGUGUCCUGUUUUAUAUGUCAGUCAUUUAUAUUUGUGAUUCAUGGUUAUUUAAGAAUCUGUAUUGAAAGAAGAUUUUAGAAGGCGAUCCAGAGGAAUAACUCGCCAAAAGAUAAAUGUGAAUGAAAACAGCGUGUUUUGUUCCAAGUUAUUUUGUCAUAACACAGGGUCUGUCCAAUGGUUUGUUGAAUAUCCCACAAGCCCAGUAUUAGGGGAAUAACACGAAGCUCCAUUUGAACCCUUCAGGAACUAAAGUUGUAAUUGUUUUAGAGUUUUCAGUAGGCCACAUCCCACAGCACAAUGAGAAAUCUGGCACAAUAAUUUAUAGUUUGCUGCUCCUGAAUGAUGCCAAAAGGCUUAAUGUUGCCCCAGCAAAAAGCUCAGCUUGAAAAAGAAUGAACCUGGAAACACAUCAUCCCUGGUCCCAGCAGCCUGAGCUGUGGAAGGUGACAAAAGGCAAAAGGAAGCACAAGUGCUGCAGAGCAGCAAUACCAGGAGGAGGGGCUCAGGAGCCGGGAAAAGUGGAUCUUCUACAAAAACAGGUGAAGGAGGAAAAAUCCAAAAGAAAUCCAGCCAGUAUACUUUGCCAAAUGGGAACUGAACCUGAGUGCACAAAUCUGGAUUUGGUGGUGAAUGAUAAGAACUUCCCUGAUUACAUUGUUCCUACAAUCCCCAGCAGCACAGGAUGUUGGUGGAGAACGCUGCCCGUCCCUUGGAGGCAUAAGGCAGACAGCAAAACCAAAGAGCUCCUGACAGAGAAAAAUCACAACUGGAUAAACCAACUCCAACUGUAGAGUGAACUGAGAGCCAUGUAAUGCCACCUGCCAAACCUCAUAAACUGGAAACGCUGAAGUGCUUGGGACUGAAAAAUCUCCUACUGGAGAGACAAUCGCAGUUGUAGUUAAUUCUGAUGUUUAUUUUAUUCUAUAGGUACCUGCACUGCUUCCGCAGCUUGAGUUUAUAAAGCUAAGAAGAAAAUCCCUUGAUACUGAAAUCCUAAAAAACCUCCAGGUGUUUGUACAUCAGUCGUCCACUUUAAACUGGACAAUGUGAACAGCAAAGGGAGCUGAGCUACAAAAAUAUAAGAAAAUGAAUUAUUCAUAAAAGUGUUAUAUUUUUACUGAAGUAGUAUGACAAAACAUUUUAAAGCAAAGGUUAUGGAUUGUGGUAUCAGCAUAUGAUUAUGCUGUAAGAGUGAUUUAACUAAUUCCAGUUCUACCAGAUACAAGCAUCUAUACUGGAAUUAUGCAGAUGAGUUAAAUUUUUGCUUCCCCAUUUUUUGCAUAAAGAGUUGCUAAAUCCUAAGUGUCCAUUUUGAGUUCUCCUUAAACUUGAUGUCUUAACACACUUCAUUGACUUGGAAGAACUGCAAACAACAGUGUGUGGUAACUACCUGCAGUCCAAGACAUUACUCGACUCUGGUGGAGACGCUGCUGGCUGGAAGUCUGCUGGAGCGUCCCAUGCUGGCAUCUGUCGAAAUGCCUUAACGUGCCGGGGGGCACAGGAGCGCGGAAGCUGCUAUCGGUGUGAAUGUGCAGGAUAUCUGCUGCGCUGUUCAGGACCUGGAACAGCGAGGACCAGUGUCUUUGGAAGUCGCUCGGAUACAUUUCACCUCAGUUUACUCAGGCCAUGCUUCUGCAUGUUGUGUAUAUAGGUCCAGAUGUUCAGUUCUGCUUCCCCCUAAAUUAGGCUUUCUUAAUCAUGUUUUCUUUAACAAAAAGCUAACUGUACAGGACAGAUACGUGUGUAAAUAAGGGAUUAUGCUUAUGUAUAUGUUAAUAUUUAUAUGUAAAAAGUUAUGUACAUAGGAAAGAAAAAAAUGGCUCAAAGAAUGUUUAAAAAAGUUUCUUGUGUUUAAAGGCACAGACAGGACAUUUACAUAAAUGUGCUAUUUAAUUUCAACAUAAGCGUUUUCCGCUCAGUUUUCCGUCACUUUUACGUUGAUCCCACUGGCGCUUGGUGUGACGAGCAGGGCUUCGUGCAGCUCUCAGGGUCCUUGGCCGCAGUGAGAAGCCGUCCCGGUGAGCGGUGCCCUCACUGGUGAGACAAGCUGCACCAGACCUCGGCUGCUGCCUUCUUACGCACGGCUCCUAAAAGCACGGUGGUCUCAAAGCCACGGGGCUGCGGGGGGAGGCAUUCCCCCAAACUGGGCUCUGUCUCAAGGCAUUUCUCCUGCAGCCUCCCCAUGGGUGCGAGCCACCGGGGCCCAGCCUGACCAAGCGCCUGCUCCGUGCCGAGCAGCCGUAAGCCGCAGCCUCCAGCCCUGCUCCUGCGCGCACCCCGUGACGAUGCCCCCAGCCUCCUUCAAACAAUGGCAAGCAGGGGGGCAGACACAACACAAACCACGUGUAUCACCGCUUUCAUUACCGAUCUAUUGCCAUAGCUAUGUUUGCCUACCAGAAUCUGAAAAGUACGUAUAAAUGCUCAUAAACGUAGACUUUCUGAAGAAAUGCCAAAAUAGUCAUAAAUGUUGACAGUCCGGGUAACGCAGCACUUGGGUUGAUGUGAACCACGAGUUGUGCUGACCGAUUACAGCAUGUGCAUAGCAAUGCAGAUUUUUUUGAUUACGUCUAAACUAAAAUCCAUUCGAAUUGCAGCUUACUUCGUCAACAACCGUAUGUUGCGUGUUUCAGGCCUGUACUUCUUGUUCAAGCUGUUGAAGGACUGUGGCUAUUAGUUAAAGUAUUCUGCUCUAGAAAUAUCUGUAGCCUUCAGUGUAUCCUCGAGUGCCUUACGCAGCUCGUGAACAAAACUACUGACAGUGAAGAGGAGACGGGAGUCAUUCCUGGUGGUCUGAUGCCAAAUCCCCUGGCGUCUCCAAUGCCACUGCUGAAACCUGGCAGUGGGCAGUGUGUUUUAGCACAGUAAUGGAUUUAGUUUAGACUCAGGAAAUUGUAUUGUGAAUAUGUGUAUUAAACCAUGUACUUACGUAUUGUACAUUUUAUAAAAAGGAACUAUUGUAAAUUUAUGCAAACUGUAAACCAGAUAAAAUGUUUUUUUUCUUUCCCCCCUAUGGCCAGUGUGCCGUGACUUGUGUUCUCUAAGAUAAUCUCUGAAUAACCAUACCCUGAAUACGUAAUGUUUGGUUCAGUGCUGAGACAGUAAUUGACAGGCCUAAAACAGGGCUGGAUUGAUCAAUUACAGAAUUUUACACAUAUUUUUGUAUUGUGAUUCAUAUGAUAUAUAUCAAGAGACUUUCUAUUCAUUUGUAAAAUACAUAAAUUAUUGUAAGCUUUUAAUAAAAAGAUCUGUUUUAAACCUUGAAA